GGUGUUAGUGAGGCACGUGCAGCAGCAGUAGCAUGACAGCAGUGUUACUUGGUGUGAGUUGAGAUGUCUGUGAAGAUGGUGGAGGUAUCGUUUAAGUCAUCGGAACCCCUGCGACCGGCCGGAGUCCCGCAGCAGAACCGGGUCUUCCUCGACUUCUUCUGGGAUUUGGCCAAACCGGAUCAGGAGAUUCGGCUGAAGGCGGUGAAAAACCUCAUCCUUUACCUAAAAACUGAAGACAAGGCAGAUGAGUUGGAAUACACGGUUAAGAGGCUGGUGGAUGGCCUGGCACACACACGGGAGACGGCCAGACCUGGAUUCAGCCUGGCUCUGGGGCAGGUCUUGGGUGCCUUUGAAAACAUCUCCCUGCAGAGUAUGCUCGACAGAAUAAAACAAAAGCACGACUUGCAUGCAGUGAAAAAGAAACUUGCCAGAAAUGCUAUGUUUGGAAACCUGUUUGGAGUCCUUGCUCUUCAUCAGUCUGGCCGCCUCAGUAAAGAGCCCCUGGUGGUGCUGGGAUGUGUGGAGGUCCUCCAGAGUCUCAGCCAGCACAAACAGCACCUGAAGGACCUGCCCAGUAAGACCAUGAUGGACAUUCUCACAGAGAUCCCAGAAGAGGUGUUCGAGGAGGUCCUUCUGGGUGCCUUGCAAGCUGAUCUGGCUUCAGCCUUUAAGACUCCAGAGCAGCUGCAGCUGCUGUUGGUCGCGUUGCAGCGCUUCCCACAAACUCUCAAACCCAAGAAACUUAAGAAGCUGCUGGGCUCCUCCACCAUCAUCAACGCUGACAACAUCCCCAGGUUGACGGAGGUGUUGAAGAUGGCAGCCCACUCUGUGAAGAAGGAGUUCCUCCUCCCACCGGUGGCGCUGGACCUCAUGAAGCUCUCUCUGAAGGAAGACAGCUUCCAGCUUUUCUGGAACAAAGCCAUCAUCGACGGCAUGUUUAAAGAGCCAUAUGGGCCAACUCAUUACCUGAGCUUCCGUCUGCUGGGCAGUGCCCUGCCUCUGCUUUCGUUAUCUCAGCUGAAGGAGGUUUUGUCUGGAGAGGUGAUGAAGCACUAUGGAGAGCAUGUGGUGUCCACUCAGAAACCAGACCGCUUCAAACUGGCCCCAGAGAUGGACACCUACAUUUCAGACUUCUUGCAGGGUUGUCAGGACUCUGACAAACAGCUGGCAGUCAUGGUGGGCUUCACCUCACUGACCAACCACGGCUACCCGGUGGUGCCGUCAGUGUGGAGGGUGGUGCAGCACCUCCAGCCUGCUGCCCUACAGAACUAUGUGGACUGGCUGAAGAACAUGUUCCUGCAGCCUCAGAUGGAUAAGCUGCUGGACUUCAGCACCCGCAAACAGAAAGACAAACAGGAGGGACGAGAGCAGAAGGACAGCUCCAUAUUCCGUCUGAGGAAGUGGAUCAUAGCUCGACUCUCCUCAAUUAUUGACAACCACCAUGUAAAAAAGCAGGAGGAUCUCAUCAUGGAUGUCGCCAGGUUUGUCUUUUUCCACGCGUUCUUCAGCACCAAGAAAGCCUCGUCUGACAUUGCAGAGACAAAUGGCAAGCUUGCUGUUCCCCUGGAUGGUAACACCAGAGGAGUGCUUGUCAAUUCGUUCUAUGGGCUCCUCAUGUCCAUGCACAACAUGCCGCCGCAAGGACAGGAUGGCAUGGCUGCCAAUCAGAAGCGAGUUCUUGGGGUAAGGGCUGACGGCACCAUGUGGAUCUACCACCUUGUCCAGUAUGCACAAGUCCUGCUUAACCAGCCAAAAUAUGUCCAGAGCAGCCAGCCCUUCAGCCCCGAACAGCGACAAGCCUGGGACAGCAUGAUGGAGUCGGUGGCAAACCUAAGGAAGGCGGCACAUAAAGGCUCGUCUGUAGAGAGUGACGGGUUUCAGCAGCUCUUCCUGCUGGUCGGCUUGCACCUCUUCAAGGCUCCUGAAGAGCUGCUGGACAUCAUGAAAGACUUGCAGAGCUGUAUGGAAAAAGCUCAGCAAAAGAAGGCAAAGAAGAAGAAACAAGUCACUGAGCUGGAGGAGCCGCAGUGGGUGGAGGUGAUGGUGGACAUCUUGUUGUCUUUGCUGUCCCAGCAGAGCCGACAUAUCCGACAGGUCUGCAAAGCGGUCUUCUCCUCCAUCUGCCCCCACGUUACUGCAGCCGCACUAAGUGCCAUCUUGGACGUCUUGGACCCUGACAAGGACGAGGAGGACAGUGCUGUGGUCGUCACCGACGACUCGAACAGUACACAGAAGAAGAAAUCAAAAGAGAACGAUGAUGAGGAAGACGAUGAAGAAAUGGAGGAGGAUGAAUCCGAUGGAUUGGAUGAAGACUCUGAUAUGGAUAAGGAGGAUGAAGCAGUGGAGGAUGAUGAGGAAGAAGAGGAAAUUGAGCAGGAAGUGGACCAAAAUUUCCGCUUGGAACUGAUGAAGGUCCUCCAGCAGCAGAGCGCUCUGGCCACUGAGGAGGAUGGCAGCAGUGAUGAAGAUCUGGACGAUGAAGAAAUGAUGAAGAUGGAUAAGAGUCUGUCAGCACUGUUCUCAGAGCAGAAGAAAAAGAUCCAGGCCAAGAAAGACGAGAAAGCAAAACUACAGAAAGAGAAGACUCUGGUUCGAGACUUUAAGAUCAAGGUGUUGGACCUGCUUGAAGUGUUCGUGGCCCGUCAGGCUGGCAGCCCUCUUGUUCUGGGUUUAGUGGAGCCUCUGCUCAACAUUAUCGACAGAGGAAUGAGCUCAGGCAGCAACCAGCAGGAGCAGGACUUCCUCCGCCGAGCCGCAGACAUCUUCAGGAACCAGCUGUGUAGGUCCAAAGUCUACUGCAGGACUGCUGGUGACAGGCAGGGGGAGCUCCAUGACCUGCUGGAAAAACUGAUGACUAAAGCCCAGAAGCUGUCCGACUCUUCGGUGUGCCUCUACUACUUCAGUGCGUCUCUGUAUGUGGUGAAAGUGCUGCGAGGGGCUCUUCCUGCUGAGACGAUAGAGGAGCAGACAACUGAUGGAGCUGCAGUAAACGACCUGAAGUUCAUGGGAAACAUGGACACGGAUCGGGUCUCCGGAAUCUUCAGAGAAGCUCUGAGCGCCUUCAUGAGCAGGAGAAAGAGCCCCAUGACCACUCAGAUGUUCACAGACUUGUUUGCGAGAUUUCCGGUUUUAUGUGUGAACCUGUUGGAUGCAGCAGUGCAGCACAUCACAUCUGGGGUCAGAGAGCAUCAACAGGGUCAAGCGUGUGUGUUGGUGUUGCGGGCGAUGCAGAGUAAAGACGUCCAGCAGCUGCUGGGUGGCGCUCUGUGGACAGAGCUCUGUGAGAAGGUUUCAGGGCAGCUGGUGGAGAGUCUCGGGCAGGUCGAUCAACCAGGCGAGAGCAAGCUGACAAAAGAGAAGGUGGUGAAAGCUUUGGAGCUCUGCCAGUUCCUGGUCAAACACGUCCACCAGCAGAAGCUGUCUGUGGACCUGGAGCCCCUCCAUAAGGUCCUGCUGUCUAUGACCAGCAAGGUUUGUUUAAACAAGACCGGCAAGCUGGAGGACACCUACUGGGCUGUGAUGAAACACUUUGGAGUGAUGAAGCCCAAAGUUGAUAAGGCAAAGCCUGACCAAGAUACUGAGCAGGACCCAGCUCCCAAGAAGAAGAAAGGUUUUCUGCCAGAGUCCAAAAAACGGAAAAAGCGCAAUAAACCUAUUAUGGAGUCAGCAUCAGACAAGCCAGCCUCCACUGACCAGUCAGGGCCAGAGAAAGGACAAGCUAAAAAGAGAAAUAAAAAGAAAGCUGAAAGGAAACGACCCGCUGAUGGCGCCACGGCUUCACAGCCCGACACAGCCAAAAAAAGCAAAACACAGACUGACAGCAACCCUGCCAAGAAAAAGAAGAAGAAACCCAAGCAGAAGAAAGAAGGAGGAGGUCAGAUGUAAAGGGGGACUCGGAUAUUUAAAGAAAGAAGCUUUUGAAAUUUCUUUUAAAACUGGCUUUUUGUCUGGUAGUUUUUCUACUGUCUUGUGUACCGAUUCUGUUUUGGCAAAACAUCAACUUCAACAUGAUGUAAUUGAAAAGUUUUGUUGUGCAGGAAGUAAACUGAGAGAUUAUAUUUCUAUUGUGUUGCUGUUGAUUAAAAAAUGUCUACAACAAUAAAUGUAUUUCACUGCCUGGAAAUCCAUCUCCUCUGCUUUCACUUCAAGCCCUUCUUAGCUUUUUCAGUGCAGCUUGA